GUCGACGAUCCCUCGCAGCUGUUGUUCCGAGAGUGCGUGCCACGAUCAGGGAGCGGGCUAGCGACCGCCGAAGGUGCCGGUGAGCGGGUUGCGUUCGUGAUGCCCAGCGGCCAUGGGGAUAUGGAGAGGAGGACAGUGCAGACAGCGUCCCUCUCUUUGUCUGUCUCUGGCCUUUUCAGUUACUUUCUCGUCUCCGGGUGAACCAAAUCGGGCGACAACGCCAUCGCUCCUCGAGGAAUAACCACGACCUCGCGAGGCCUGUUCUGGCAUCGAGCGUCUUCCCUCGGCUGUUCGUGCUACAUGGAAUACUCAUUGCUUAGUGCGUCGCUCGUAUUAGGCCCUCGGAUACGUGCGAUCGGCAACAUCCACGGACGAAACAGCACUGCUCCGUCACGCCAGUACGCAAUAACAUCGUGACCGCGACCUGAAGCCAUGUCGGUCAGCGGAAAGAGCAACGGCUGCGCACCUUCGGAAUCCUCUGGGCCAACAAAGGUGGCGUUAGGGACCCCUUCGCGGAAUGAGCGGUCUACCACGCCACGCUACGGUCCGGACAGCCAACACAGCUGGAUUACAGCCGCGGCUUGCAGUUUGUCCACUUUCUUCGGCGUCGCUGCCCGCCGGUCUGCUGGCUUCCUGUAUGUGGCCAUUCUACAAACCUUUCACGCCAGCAGAAGCGAGGCCGCGUGGGCCGUCAUCAUCAUGACCGGCAUCAUAUCGCUAGCAGGACUAAUAUCCGGUCCCAUCGCGCACAAGUACACCGCCAGGCCUGUAGCCAUCACAGGAGGCGUGAUCGCAGCGUUGGGACUCAUGCUGUGCUUCCUUGCAACGCGCAUUGAGCAUCUCAUCAUGAGCCUUGGGAUAUUGCACGCAAUCGGGAGCGGCUUGGUGUUCGUGGUAAUUCCAACGGUGAUCAACGAGCACUUCGUCCGCUACAGGGGCAUGGCCAUGGGCAUCAACUUCGCCGGUUCCACCAUGGCUACGUUCGUUUUCCCCAAGAUGCUGGAGGUGCUCACCGAUACGUACGGCUUCCGAGGGGCCAUGCUGCUCUUUGGUGCCGUCAGCCUGAACUCCGUCGCCUUCAGCCUGUUCCUGAGGCAGCCGGCAUGGCUGAAGAGGCGCCAGGAGAGUCAGUCUAAAGCUGAUGCCGCAGCUGCCGAGAUUGCUGCGGAUGCGAACUCUGCUUGCAAGGCCCCAAAUGGUUCGAUAGAAACUGUCAACGGCGGCCCACCAAAGACGAAUACUCGCAAGGCCCCAGUACCAGGCUCGUUCCGGCAUGCCCUGACAGUCUUCUCUUGUCCUAUGUUCUACCUCGUCGCGUACUCGUACAUCGCAUUCAUCUUCGCCUUUGAAUGUUACAUCUCACUCCUGUUGGACUUCGCCAUAGACAAGGGCGUCAGCUUUUCGCGGGCCGUCACCAUGAUCUCCUUGAGCUCGAUUGCAGACCUGGUGGGGCGCCUCACGCUACCCUUGGCAGCAGAUAGGCAGAGCCUGUAA